ACUGGUCCUCCUCUUCCCCCCCCUCCUCCUCCUCCUCCCUUUACCUUGCCGUCGCCAUUUUUGGCUCAGGUCUCCAUGUCGCCCAGCGGCAAAGUGCAGACCGCUGGUCCGCGGCCGCCAGCUCCGAGCGGCCGCGCGCAACCCCCCGCCGCCCGCGCCCGCCGAUGCCCGAUGGUGCGCGCAGGCCCCGUGCGGCUUCUGCCAUGAGCAAGCGCAGGAAAAAAGGUCCUUGAUGCUGGCGCUGCAACUGUUGAGCCUCGCUUUGAUGCUCGUGCUCCUCCCGAAUAUGAAGAGCGUCCCGAUGAAAUGUAUGACCGCGUGGGCGUGCAACGUCCUGCUCAUUCGAUAUGGCUUCUACUCACGGCGAUUACUCUAGAUAUACUGAUGUUGCUACGCGCGAUGAAUACGUGCGCCGGUUGGCGUGAUUCGUUCUGCACGGCAAGUUCACAAACUACCGCGCCCACAUGGUUGGCUCCAUCGCCAAGGCCGACGACGAGACCGUCAGCCCCUUCGUGGAGCAGCUCGCGGCGCACGGUGCUUCUGCUUCUAAGCUUGCUGAAGGCGUUCGCGAUCUCCCCCGGAUGGUCGACGGUGCGGCAGCCGAGCAGUUCGACGGGACCAACCGCAGACGUUUGGAGCAGCUGCGCGGUUUCGAUAUUCGCAUCAAGGCCACCGAGUCCCGCCUCUACGAGCGCGACUUCUCCCUGGCUGCCCUCCACAACCAGAUGAGGAGCAUCGGCGAGGCCCUCUUUCACGACAACACGAAGCCUGUCGUUCCCAUUGUCAACUCUGCUGGCUUCGACCAAGAGACCGACCCCACCAUCGCCCGAGCCUUCGCGGGCAAGCUUGCCGAAUUGAGAACGGUUAGACGAAGCAUUCAUGAUUGACGGACGAGGUGGCGCCUUUGCUUCAUCAGUCGAGGUGGCCGCGCAGGACAAUAUUCACAAUAACUUCAUGAUCCAAUUCAUUGGCCCCGCUGGUCCCGCCGCCCGACGUGUCUCCGAGGCCCUCGGGGCCCAGCGUCUUGCCCCAGGCUAAUGGGUUCGUUUCGAAGUGGAAGCCGAUGACGGGUUCAGCGCCUCCCUGCAAAUCGGCCCCGACAAGGACCAGGAGCAAGUGCGCAUGGAAAUCACAGGGUGCAAGGUCCGCAAAGAAGCUGUUCCAUCGCCCAUGUGGUUCUUCGACAAGGACCGCGUCACAUCGUGGCUGGCUGGGCCCCCCCCGUGCUCCGCGUUCUCCCCAACCUUGGCAAGUCGCCCUCCGACCUCAUCUGGGCCGGCAACGUCGCGGCCCCCCGAGCCUGGCCUCGUCGCCUGAGCGCGCGCCAUCAUUGCCACUCCUGACGUUGCUGCGUGCAGUCUUUGACCCGAUUGCCGAGAUGGUGCGUGUCCCUCGCA